AUGGCCCUUGCGGGUCACGCGCGGCACGGAACGACGUGGUCUUUUGCCUCUUCGAGGCUCCUCUCCUCCCUGGCGGGGCUGGACUUCGCUACAGUCGACCCCGCUUCGCUACAAGCCUCCAACUCCAAGAUUUAUAACCUCGUGGGUGGGGAGUGGAGGGGCAGUGAAAGGAGUCAAGUGGUGGUUGAUCCGUUGAAUGGGAAGGACAUGGUUUCAGUACCGGACGCACAGGCGCAUGAGAUUCAGCCAUUCGUGGAGAGUCUUUCCUGCUGCCCCAAGUCUGGUUUGCACAACCCGUUCAAGAACCCAAGCAGGUAUCUCCUGUACGGCUCUGUCUCUGCUGCUGCUGCCAAUGCACUAAAAAAGCCCGAGGUCUCUGACUUCUUCGCUCGUCUCAUUCAGAGGGUGUCCCCCAAGAGCCUCUUCCAGGCACGGGCGGAGGUCUCAGUGACUCAGAAGUUUCUGGAAAACUUCUCAGGCGAUCAGGUUCGGUUUCUGGCUCGGUCAUUUGCCGUACCUGGCGACCACACGGGGCAAACCAGCGCUGGACACAGGUGGCCCUACGGUCCGGUGGCGAUUAUCUCGCCCUUCAACUUCCCUCUGGAGAUCCCAAUGCUGCAGCUCAUGGGGGCGCUAUACAUGGGGAACAAGCCGCUGCUCAAAGUGGACUCCAUGGUGGCAGUGGUAAUGGAGCAGGCGCUGCGUUUGCUGCACGCGUGCGGCAUGCCCCAUGCUGACGUGGACUACAUCAACUGUGACGGGCCGGUUAUGCACCAGCUGCUGCUGCAGGCCCAGCCGUGUGUGACGCAGUUCACAGGCAGUGCACGGAUUGCAGAGAUUCUGGCAAAGGACCUGCGGGGGAAGGUGAAGCUGGAAGAUGCAGGGUUUGACUGGAAGAUCCUGGGACCCGAUGUGAAGGAGUUGGACUACGUGGCAUGGGUGUGCGAUCAGGAUGCAUAUGCGUGCAGCGGUCAGAAGUGCUCUGCCCAGUCUAUUCUCUUCAUGCACAAGAACUGGGUGCGAGCUGGCCUUGUGGAUUGCCUGCGAUCAUUGGCUGCUCGGCGCAACCUGCAGGAUCUCUCCAUUGGUCCCGUGCUCACAGUGACAACAGAGGCCUUUCUUUCCCACGUGAAAGCCCUCCUCUCCAUUCCCGGGGCUCGCCUGGAGUUUGGAGGAAAGGAGCUGCUGGGUGGGAAGCACAGCAUCCCCGCGUGCUACGGUGCUGUGGAGCCGACCGCUGUGUUUGUGCCGCUUAAAGCCAUGCUCGCGAGUCGGGAGAACUUUGAGAUUGCCACCAAGGAGGUGUUCGGACCGAUUCAGGUGGUGACAGAGUAUGACGAUAGCGAGAUUGACCUCGUGCUGGAGGCCAAUGAGAGGAUGACAGCUCAUCUCACCGCCGCGGUGGUGUCCAACGACCCUCUCUUCCUGCAGCACGUGCUGGCAAACACUGUGAAUGGGACCACCUAUGUUGGACUGCGGGCGAGAACCACAGGGGCGCCACAGAAUCACUGGUUUGGACCUGCCAACGAUCCACGAGGGGCAGGCAUCGGAACCCCGGAAGCAAUACUCUCGCCUAGUUUGGUCUUGCCAUCGAGAGAUUAUCUCGGACUAUGGUCCAGUUCCUUCCGGAUCGGUACCUUGCGCUCAGAAGCUCCAGUCGUUAUCGCUCAGGGGCACGUCGUUCUAUUUGGGGAUUAUUACCUAGUCAAAGAGUUUAAGCCCGACCUAUCUCAAGCCAUGGCCACCAGAAUGGCCUCUCAGCACGCUGUCAAUGACGAGAACAAGGUGAUGGAUGGGAAACGGCUUGCAGGCAAGAACGCCGCGGCGGCUAUCGCACCGGAGCUCGGCGCGAUGAAGCUUCGAUCCGGCCAUGUCCUCCCUCCCCCGCGCCGAGCGUUCGGCACGCUCACCAACAGCAUGGCCUCCAAGGCAGCUGCAGGCGGGAAAAAGGCCGAACCCGUCCGCCAACGCGCUGCUCCCGCCGCCAAGGUGCCUGGUCGUGCCUCCGUUGUUGUGCCCAAGCCUCAACCCGCCGCCAAAUCCGCUCAGACCACCAGCGCCGUCAGCGUCAUCACCCUCUCACCUGACGUGGAAGAAGUGAUCCCGGCUGACGUGGACAUCGAAGAGCCCCGCCACGUGCACACCAUGACCGCUGAGCUGACAGCCGUCAGCGAGGAGGCGAGCGUGCUCUCUACAGUCACCGCGAUCAACGCCGCCGCCGCCGCCGCCGCGUCCGUCAAGAGGGAAGCGUGGUGGGACAUCGACGCCGCCGACAAGAGCAACCCUCUUGCCGAGACGACUUAUGUCGCGGAUAUCUACAACUUCUACAGGCGCACGGAAGCGGAAGGCAUGGUGGCUCCAGAUUACAUGAACCGUCAGAGCGACAUCAACGGCACGAUGCGCGCGAUCCUCAUCGACUGGCUGAUCGAGGUCCACCUGAAGUUCAAGCUCAUGCCGGAGACGCUUUUCCUCGCUAUAAGCGUCAUCGAUAGGUACCUGGCUGUGACGCCGGUUCCGCGUCGCAACCUGCAGCUGGUGGGGAUCACGGCGAUGCUCAUCGCGUCUAAGUACGAGGAGAUCUGGGCUCCUGAGGUCGGCGAUUUCGUGUACAUCUGCGACAACGCGUACACGCGCCAGGACGUGCUGAAGAUGGAGAAGGAUAUGCUCAACACGCUGCAAUUCAAGCUGACAAUCCCCACUUCGUACGUAUUCACCGCUCGAUUCCUCAAGGCCGCGACCGCUGCCGCGAACGCUGCCGCUGCUGCCGGUGCGGGUGCUGACAAGGCGGUGACCGUUGGAGCAGACACCCGCGUUCACGCGCUUGCGUGGUUCCUUCUCGAGCUAACCCUGCCAGAGCACUCUAUGAUCAAGUUCUCCCCGUCGCACCUGGCUGCCGCGUCGGUCUACGCCGCGCUGCUGACGGCUCACCACGCCAACAAGACAGCCACGGGAGCAGGCUCGGCAGGCGCCGGUGAGGUUUGGGGCCCCGGCAUGGCGUGGCUUACCGGGUACGACGAAGCGACGCUGUGGCCGUGCGUGGAGCAGCUUGUGGCUCUGCACGGAAAGGCCGGCACGGGGAACCUCGCGGCGGUUCACAAGAAGUAUUCGCGGAAGCAGUUUGAGGAGGUGGCGAAGAUCCCCGCUGUUCCUCACCUGCCCGAGAACCCCCCCCGUGCCGCCGUUGCACAUAAGCUGACCAAGUCGACAUCCUGCUUGUCGACGGCCAACUCGUCCGUUCCAGUGGCUGGCAGGAAGUGA